AUCAAUUCCAACGUAGUAGGCAUCGGCACCGAAGCUUCAUCCCGCAUAGCCGACAAUGGCAUCAAGAAAGAAAGCGGAUGAAGAGAAGCUCAAAAAGCGCCGGCUGGCCCGGUUUCGCUUCAAGCGCUUGGUGCACGUGGUCAUAUGCAACCGCUACUGGAUCACCGAAAUCGAGGACCGUGAAAUCGGCAACAACGUGACCCGCAAUGUCGCCGUCAUUGACCGUCGCCUAACGCACAAAGGAACGCUCACCAUAAUCGAAAAGAAAAUCCUCAACAGUCCACCGGCCGAGCGAACCCGAGAGCAGCGGCGUGUGCUGCGGACCGUGCUGCGCAAGAUAGAAUGUCUCCAGGAGCUGACGGUGGACCAGCUGAACGAUCUGGCCGGCUGUGCCACGUUCGAGUACUUCGGGCCGGGUCGAGUCAUCUUGCGCGAGGGCCACCAUCCGAAUGGCGUUUACUUUCUGGCAAAUGGUGAAAUUACCGUCAGUCGGCUACGCUGGGACAGUAUCUACCUCAGACACAACGAUACACCGUGCGGUACGAGGACGCGGGGGCAAAUGUUUGGCGAAAUUGCACUCCUGCACGAUUGCCCCCGCACGGCAACCUGCACCACAGCAACCGACUGUGAAUUACUGUGCCUUUCGCGGGCCGAUUUCGAUCGCAUCCUCAAGCACACGCUGCUCGACCGCUGGCGCCAACUGCAGCUCGCACUGGAGCGGUUUGAUUACUUCAAAUAUUGGACCAACGAUCAGGUGCGGGAAUGCUGUCUGCUGAGCCGAAUCGUUGCCUUCGACACGCAGCAGAAGCUUCCGGUCGAUGGUGACGCACGGUACACGUACUUCGUGCUGAGCGGCCAGUGCAUGAUAUUGCAGUGCCUGACGGUGGCGAAGGUGCACGGCACGUACCGGCUUGUACCGAUUGCGACUAACGAAUCGGCCGCCGUUGAGCAAACGUCACGCGAUGCCAGCGCAGCACCGAUGCAGCCAACGAUCGAGCAUCGGUUCAUUGACGUGGGCACAUUUUCGUGCGGCUCGGUGUUUGGGCUCGGCGAACCAAUGCCGCACCGGAUGGUGGUCGCCCGGAAUCGGGUGCAGUGUUUGGUGAUACCGCGCGGCUGGCUGUUUGAGAAGCAACAGAACGUGGGCAACACCUGGCAGCGCAUUCGCAUGAAGCUGGAGAUGACCAUCCAGCGGGACCGGCUGUUCGAGCAGUUUGUGCGCGACCAGCGCUGGCAGCGCUACCGGAAGGCGCUGGUGCGCGAGUACGUUCGGCUGCAUCCGCGCCAGAACGCCACGCAGCUAGCGGACGUACCGAUCAUGUGCCGGGUGGAGCAGGGGGAGAUUUAGGGCGUCUUUUAGUCGGGGGGGGGGAGGAGGAAGAAUUCCGGUCUUUAAGAUAAUCGGUUUGCUAAUGGAGCUGGGAAAAGGCGAAAUUAGUUCGUUCUGUGCGACAAUUGGAUGCUUCUUGCUGGAUUAGAUAUCAAUUGGGAAACGCGUCGUUGGAAGAUAAAAUUUUAUGCCCCUGCCUCUAUGCGCACUAUGGCACGGUGUGUCGAAGGAAGUUGGACAGGUGUUAAUAAAAUUUAAAAUUUUCACACAUUCAUUAACCA